AUGGUUCUCGUAUAUGAAGAGGAUGGGCGUCCUGUGCGACUGGGUGGCAUUGGUCCUGUUUACAUAUCUGUUUCUGCUUCUGCCUCUUCAGCUUCAUGUUUAGCUUCACAGUCGUUACCACGCAAAGCCCAGCAAGCAGCAACACCUGAAGAGUCGAACCAGAGGACCACUACCGCAGAUUCCACGAUGAAGCCUCAAGCCCUGCUCUCCGCCGCGGCCUUCCUCCCGGCCUUUGCCGCGGCUGCCCCGUCAGCGGAGAAGAGAGACGGGAAGCCGGUCGCGUUCUUGCUCGCCGGCGACUCGACUACCGCGGUGCAGUCAGCCGGCGGUGGCGGCUGGGGCACCGGCUUCAUCAACCUCAUAAAGAAGCCAGCGUUCGGCACAAACUAUGGCGUCAACGGACGGACUACGGCCGACUAUGUGAGCUUGGGAUACUGGGAAACCGUCAAGGAGGCAGUCAAGGCCAACACGGCUAAAUACGACGUCUACGUCACGGCCCAGUUCGGCCACAACGACCAAAAAGUCGAGAAGAACAUCUCCCUCGAUCAGUACCAGGAAAACCUGGCCAACUUCGCCAGGGAUAUCAAGGCCAUCGGCGGGAGCCUUCUCCUCAUCACCCCGCUCACCCGCCGCACCUUCAACGCGGCGGGCAUCUUGGGCGACAGCCUCGCCGACCAGCGCUUGCGCACCAUUGCCGCGGCAAUGGAGACCGGUACGACCUACCUCGACCUCAACCUCUACAGCCGCAAGUACGUGCAGGCCAUUGGGCCGGAAAAGGCCCACUCGUACAACCUCCACCCGGACGACACCACGCACCUCAACGGCUACGGCAGCACCGUCUUUGGUGAGCUGGUGGCGGACCUGUUGUUGCGGAAGGAGCCGGCGCUGGAGCAGUGGUUUACGCCCAACAAGACGUUGAGCGAUGAGAUUUGGAAAGCUAUUAACAGCUCCACUGCUUAA